CGACGCGUGACAGACGCGCGACGGCGUUACCCGGCUCAGCGGCGUGUCCAAAGAAGAACCUGGAGAACCUUGCCCGGUGUGUGGCGCAUGUGUCUCAGUGUGGCUGAUGCACAAAGUUAUUUGGUGCACGGGUGCUCUGGCUGGGAUAUCACGUGCAGUGGCUUGGUUUCACGUGACUCGGGAGCCGGGGUUUUUGUCUGUAGGCACCGAAAGGUGAAAAAGACCGGAGCCGCAUUUUGAUUGACUCGUUUUGGAAGUUGCACCGGUAGGUCUUGAGAGCCUGUAUUCUUCUUUCUGGAUCUCUGUUCUUGAUCCUGGUGCACUUAAACCGCGUUCCUGGAACUUGGAUCUAGUCACAUUCCGUCAAUCUACCGCAAGUCCUUUUCUUCUGUUAGGAUUCUCUGUGGCAAUGUGGUUCCGUAGAGUACUGGUAGUACGCUCACCAGGUCUCUUCCCACAGCAAAACCAUAACCAUCUCCGUCGUUAUUCGUCACUUCUGCGCCAGUCCGUGUGUUCCGCCAGGAGUUUGAGCAGCAGAUAUGCCUGGGGUGUCAGCAGAAACCCUCUUCCGCUGCACUCACAGAAGAAAAGCGUGCUGGGCAGCGGCGCAGCCAAGAGGUACAACUCCUCAUCGACGCCUAAGAAGCCGAACCUAGUCACGUCCUCCAAACAGGCAAAGGCCGGUCCUUCUCUGCCAAAUGUGUCGCAAUUGAAAAUCAUUGCCAACUUGAUGGCGUAUCUAUGGCCGAAGGACAAACCGUGGGUCAAAUUCCGUGUUGUUUCGGCGCUCUCUCUAUUGAUUGCCGCCAAGCUACUCAAUGUUCAGGUGCCUUUCUUUUUCAAGUCCAUCAUCGACCAGAUGAACAUCGACUGGCAGUCGCUUUCAGACUCGAUUGCGAAAACGUUGCCGGACUCUUUGGUGACCCAAUCGAUCAUCGACAACGCGCCGGCCCUUCCUUCCGCCAUUGUCGCCUUGAUCAUUGCAUACGGUGUCUCAAGAUUCGGUGCAGUUCUCUUUGGAGAAUUGAGAAACGCAAUCUUCGCCUCCGUUGCUCAAGGAACCAUCAAGCAGGUGGCCCGUAACACCUUUGUGCACUUGUUGAAUAUGGAUCUCUCCUACCAUUUGGCAAGGCAAACGGGUGGGUUGACCAGAGCCAUUGAACGUGGUACCAAGGGUAUUUCUUACGUGCUAUCAGCAAUGGUAUUCCACAUCAUCCCUAUCACCUUCGAGAUCUCUGUUGUGUGUGGUAUCUUGACUUACAACUAUGGUGCAGCUUAUGCUGCUGUGACUUUGCUAACUAUGAUGGCCUACUCGAUCUUCACCAUCAGAACAACGACAUGGAGAACCGGCUUCCGUCGUCAAGCAAAUAAAGCCGACCAGCAGGCAGCUUCCGUUGCCUUGGACUCUUUGAUCAACUACGAAGCAGUGAAAAUUUUCAAUAACGAAGCACUUCAAACUAACAAGUACGACCUAGCCUUGUCUAAAUAUAGAGACGCCUCGAUCAAAGUUGCAACCUCUUUGGCGUUCUUGAAUUCAGGUCAAAAUCUGAUUUUCACCACAGCUUUGACCUCGAUGAUGUAUAUGGCAUGCCAAGGUGUUGUUGCAGGAGAUUUGACUGUUGGUGAUUUGGUUUUGAUCAACCAAUUGGUAUUCCAACUUUCAGUUCCUCUAAACUUUCUAGGUUCCGUUUAUCGUGAGUUGAAGCAGAGUUUGUUGGACAUGGAAGCUUUAUUCAAGUUGCAAAAGCAACCCAUCGAAAUCAAGUCCAAGCCAAAUGCCCCUCCAAUCAAAAUCAAUGAUGGAGAGAUAAAAUUCAACAAUGUUACAUUUUCCUACACUGAAGGUAGAAAGAUUUUGGAUAACUGUUCCUUCACAAUUCCAGCUGGCCAGAAAGUUGCAAUUGUCGGUCCCUCAGGUAGCGGAAAAUCAACAAUCUUACGCUUAUUGUUCAGAUUUUACGAUAUCGAUCCUAAAAUUAAGAACAGCAGCGUUUUAAUUGAUGGUCAAGAUGUCAGAGAUGUGGAUCUUGAUUCUCUACGUCGGGAAGUUGCUGUUGUUCCUCAAGACACUCCAUUGUUCAAUUCUUCAUUACUUGAAAAUUUACGUUAUGCUAAACCUAGCGCCUCUGAUGAUGAGAUUAACGAUAUAAUUUACCAGGUGAAACUCGACACCCUCAUAAAAUCUUUACCUGAAGGCGUUCAUACUAUUGUUGGUGAAAGAGGCUUGAUGAUUUCUGGAGGUGAAAAACAAAGAGUUGCCAUCGCUCGUGCAGUUUUGAAAAACUCUGCUAUCAUUGGUUUAGAUGAAGCAACUAGUGCAUUGGACACUCACACAGAGCAGCAAAUACUAAACACUUUAAAAGAUGUUCUGGGUAGCAGAACUGGUAAGAAAACAACUAGUAUCUGGGUUGCUCAUAGAUUGAGAACAAUUGUAGAUGCAGAUAAGAUUAUUGUUUUGAGGGAGGGUAAGGUUGCAGAAGAAGGCACCCACAGAGAAUUGAUGGCAAAGAACGGCCUGUAUGCAAGUAUGUGGGAAAUGCAAGAGGUUUGGGAAGAUGAGCAGGAAGAAGUUGAAGGAAGUCAACAAGAAAAGUCUGAAAAUAAAAACUGAUUGAAAAAGGUCACUCCAUCGGCUUAGACCCGAAUCAAUUUUACUUCCUCUUAUAUAUCGAUCGAACAGUCUUUGUAUCUAUUUAUUUAUUAACUAUUUAUUAUUUGAUUAGCGCAAUCUCUAUUGGUGUAUCCUGAACAUACUGACAG